AGAAAACGAAAGAUAGAGAGAAAGAGAAAGAUGCUGAAGUUUCUAUCGAAGGUGAAGAUUGAGUUCAAUGCACUGGACACGCGAACCGCUGCGUGCAUGGAGUUUCUGGCACAAUGUAAUGCUCGCACGGCGAAGGAGUCAAAUCCAGCAUGUCAGCUUUUGGUGAAGCGACGAACGGACGACCAUCCUCCUCAGAUUACAGUAACAUUCGUGAAUGGUGUUGAAGAGGUGAUCGAUGCGACUUCCACCUCAGCCCAGAGCAUAAGGACUAUGAUUCUGGAGAAGGGUCAGCACCUUGAGACCGAGCAAAUGUUUCGCGACGCCGGUGAAACAUGGCCUGUCAUUAUCCCUGAAGAGGAGCUCCACCAACGGGCCCCUGGUACCAAGCCAAGGAAAGAGGAGACAUCUAGAUUUCUCCAAGUAGCUAGAAUCCUCCUCAAAGGAGGUGGGAAGGUUCUAGUCUCUUAG